AUGAAUUCAUUUGAAAAUGGUUUUAAAAAGAGCCCCAGGCAGCGCCACUUAGAAACUCAAGCUGGUUUCCUACAGGAGGUGCUGAGCAUAAAAGACAAAUACAACCUUUUUAUUGAGACUGAAAUUCUUCCCACUCCUUGUAGCCCACUGGACUAUCAGACUUUCAAUGUGGCCACAGACCUUGCUCUCAGAGUCCUAAAAUCAGAUUUUGCUUGUGAUGUCCUUAAAGGUACCUCUUACGCAACUAUGAAUGAGCUGUAUCCUGAACCUGAAUGGUUGAGAAUCCUUACAGAUGGCUCCCGAGUGGAUCAGCGGGUGAGUGCUGGAGCUGGAGUAUUUUGUCACCUGUUCUCUGCCUACGCUUCUUUUGGCUACUAUGCAUCUGCCUACGACGGUGUAAUUGAAGCUAUUCUAAUUGCCUAA